GUGACGAGAAGUGGCUUCUAUAAAAGUCACUUUCUGCUCAGAGCAGCGUGGCAGCAGCAGCAGUGGACAGUCAAGAAUCGCUGAUCCCACAGCUUGUGCUCAUAAUGCAGACACUGGUGACUUUGAGCGCUGUUCUUCUGUUCCUCUCUUCUGUCCAUGCUGAUGUUGUGGAGCGCUUUGAGGAUCAGCCAGAGUGCAUGAGCUUCUUCUAUAAACAGAAGGUGCCCGAGUGGGGAGCGUCUACACCUGAUGCAGCUCGUCUCUGUCAGCGCUUUGUCAACAGAUACCACUUUGCCACACUCUAUGACACCAAACGUCGCAUUGCUGUUUACUCUGCAUAUCGUUUCCAACCCAGCAAUGGAGGCGGCAGGGAGAGGAGCUGGUUUGUGGAACCUCAGUUGGUCGACUUAAACUGGCAACCUGGCAUGAAGGAUGGCUACUGGCUGGGGAGGGACCAUCCCGGGGUUUAUCUUGGAGAAAGACAAGCACUGGAUGAGGACUACAAACACUCUGGAUUUGACCGUGGUCACCUUAACCCCAAUGGACACCAUGCAGUUCCGAGCCGCAACGCUACUUUCACCCUGACUAAUGUGGUUCCCCAGAACCCCAAGAUGAAUCAGGACGCCUGGAGGAUCCACGAGUCUCAGCUCACUGACCUUUUCAGGAGCAAGUGCUCUAAGGCCUAUGUGCUGGUGGGGGCGGUUCCCUCUGCAAACAACUGGAUUGUCAAAAAUAACGUGAAGCGCGUUAACAUUCCCGACUACCUGUGGAACGCCCACUGCUGCGUGGACAACAAUGAGCGACCCCUCCAGAGCGGCGCCGCGACAGCAAAGAACACAGAAGACAACUGGGUUGAGAAGCUCUCGCUGGACGAGCUCGGAGAAUUUCUGCAGCAGUUUUCCAAUCAGCCUGUAGGAGAGCUGUUCUUCAACAGCUGCAGAGCGGAAGCUUAAAAAGAUUUCUUUAAUGUGACAUCAUUUCUGUAGCUGCCAAAAGCUGUUUUUUAUAUCACAAAACAAAUGUGGCUGAUAAUAACAAUGAAGAAAGGCUGCUGAAAAGUCAAUAAAAUGUCUAAUUAAAAUCAAUCUCUCUCUCGUA